UCCCUUUGGGGAUUAGCUCCGCUAGCACCAGUAUCAGGAGAAGGCUCUUUUAGGGGCCUGCUAGCAGUCGUGAGCUUGAUUUUAGGCUAUUUGGGAGCUACUAGAGCGGAGGAGGCCUUAGCCGUAGGUUUUCUCUGUCGUUUUUUGCCUACUAAAGGCAGUGGUUUCUCGAUUUUUUUGCUCUUUGAACGUGCCAUGGUAGGAGCUUGCGAAUAAAGUCGAAAUUGCCUAAUUGGGAUGGUGCUGGAGGUGGUAGUGCGAUUGUUGGGGAGUUUUCGCAUAUAACUGUAAGUGACAAGUGUUGCGAGAGCUUGACAACGUAUGCGGGUUGUCCCCAGAAAAGUAGCUUGCUUUCGAUCAACCCCGUCGAAACCGCGAAAAGUCCCAGACCUAAGCCUGCAAGAUGUCUCAGAAGAUAUAUGCAAGGAGAGACAAGCUUCGUCCCACACAAUCGGAUCGAGACGGAUUUCAACACGAGUUCGCGGCAGAUGCUCCUUUGUAGCCUUGCAAACAAAGCGCCUCCACGAGCAGUCAUAUUGCAACGGCAAAGCCUCGAGUUGCACUCAGCCCUGUUUGGAUACAACAUUGCAGAACAUAAAGAUUACGCACGGAGGAUACAAGCGAUCACUGGUAGAAGGCACAAGACAGACGGCGAGAAGAGGGCAAACGAAUCCAGUCUGGCCUUUGAUGGUCAGCUGCAGGGUUUCCCUCGAGGUGGAAAGACUGCGUUGGCCCCAGACAAACGGGAAUUGGCAUGGCAAACAUUGCCAGGUCGUCAAAUAUUGCAAAGCUCCGUGCCAAGCAAUACUUGAGGAAGGACAACACGCGGUGCGCGUUUGUCCUGAAGAGUGCUUCCCAGAUCUGUAAGGCUGUCUCUGUAGAACCACUGCUAACAAGUGUACUGAAGGCCGUCUCCCCAGAUUCACGGACCCUACUCCGGCUCCUUUGCUGGAUC